CAUCAAUAGUACGGCAUUUCUUAGCCGGCGUUUACAAGAUGGUAGGAAUUUCACCAACAAAGACAGCAAUGGAAUUCAUUGCUAUCUUCUUCGCUUUUGCUUUGCUCAACACAUGUUCUUGUGCAUCCCCUGGAUUUGUUCUGGAAAACUACAGCCAGCUCGCACAGAAGUUCGGCUUUCCAUCGCUGCCUCCUCUCCCUAUAAAGUUUAACUUCUCAGACAUCUCCAAAGAGUGCCAGGAUACUGUUUCAAACCUUUUACAAUUACCAGUGGCGUAUUCCUGUGAGUAUAUCAAAAGUAGAUUCGUACUUUAUACGUACGUCUGUGACAACGUUGUCACGAGGGAAUGACCCUACCAGCCCAUCGUAAUAUUUGCAUUAGAAACCGGCGGAACGCUUCUCUAUAUAUAUUUGGUCAUGUACUAUGCGCGUGAUAUAUCUCGUGAUUAAAAGAUGUCGAUUUUAUUUUUUGACACUAAAUUAAUGCCAGCUUGAUGUUCUUACCUUAGCCUGAUCAUGCAGGUAUGCUGACGCCCUUCUUUGUCCCUUGUUUAGUUCAUAAAUUUAAUUUUCGUUCACUUUGCUGGUUGAUAGCCGAACUCUAGAUUGGUAACUUGAUCAAAGCUUCUUGCAAACGCACUACAUCCCUUAAAUUCGCUUCAUCAAUGCAUGAAAAAUUUCAAUCUGUUUAGGUGAAUGAAGUGGUCACCCUUAAUAAGGCGGUCACUCGGUGAUUUUCCGUAGAUCGCUUCCAUUGACAACCUUUAUGAAACGGUCUGCAUGUAAUUAUUAGGUCACCCCGCUCAUGAUCAUGCAGGUCUUGCUCUCGUUUGGCAGAUCGCCCGCGUGUCAGUACACGGAAUGCAGUCGAUUCGCUCGAUUUCAUUCGAUGUUUUCAAAGGUUUUGACCAUCGAGGCGAGAAGAGAAGACGUUUAAUUUAUUUCGAGACGACAUCUAAAUAACCGGCAGAUGUGCGUCGAUCAUCUUAGUUAUUCUCAGGUCAUAUUGGUUGCGCUCCACUGCAGACCUCUUAAAAUGAAGGAAAAUUGAUUGAUAUUUACAAAUGGCGGUCUCUUUUCUUGAGAUGUGGAUGCGAUCGGCAAACCUCAAAGUGGACUUUUUCUGGGGAACACUGGUUGGUUAGGAUCUUACAGUGAGUGUACUGAAACCAUACCUGAUGCUCAUUAUUGUUUGGCCUAUCUGUCUUUUACACAGCCUCCUUUAAAUAUUACCAAGGUGAGUACAUAUUGCAGCUUUUAGUAAACUUUUACAGAAUUGUCAAUUUUUGCUUCAUUCUACAAAUGUGAUAUUGUACAAACCUUUUUUGAGUAAAGUGUAAUUUUUAAUUCCACAGCCUAAUUUCUCUUACAUCUGAUUUCCUUGACUAUCAAAAAUAUGCUGUAAGUUUCAGGGCUUCAAGCCUAACUUUUAAAGGUUACUCUUUAGGAACUCAAAAAGAAACAAAAUUUUAUCAGCAUGAUAAUAUCUGAAUUUGGUGGACCUAUCACUGAGAGCUUCUGCCAAAGAAAAAAUAUGCAAACUUAAAUUUUGUAAGGGAGCCAUGGUCUUCUAACCAUAUGUUAUUGUUAGUUGUUUCCUGUCCGCUGGGGAAUUUGUGCACCCAAACAAUGCAGUGAAGAGGAUGUAACCAGAGGUCUGCAAGAUGUAUUUACAGGUGUGUACACAGCCAAUGAAAAUAUGUUAUUUCCUGGGCUGGAGGUCUGCAUGGGAAAAACUGUGCCCAAAGUCUUGGAUACCAUCUAAGGUAAAGGGUUGUCCUUGUAGGGGAUAACCCUGUGCCUUAGGCAGUAUCCACAUAAGGGACAUUUUUUUUAACCACAGGGGACUACCCUGGAUGGGUAAAUAACAUAAUUAUUUUUUUCUGCUGGUUUGCUUUUUUGAGCUUAAUUUUAGCUAUAAAUGGUGCUAAAAAAUUCUUUCUUGAAGUCUGUAUUGUGUAAAAGCUAUUGGACCAGUUACAAAUUUGCAAUUAGCCAAUUAGAUUCAAAGAUUUAAGAUUCCAGCCAGCUGGAUUGCUCUGAGAAAAAGGAAAGAAAAACAUUUUGAAGAAAAAAAAUUGGCAUUACAUGCUGAACUCAACAAAUCUAGUUUGUUGGAAAAUGAGCUCAUGCUUAAUAUAUUUGUCAGUAAGUAAUUAUAAGACACUGGGUCAUCACAAAGUUCACAAUAUAUUUUUUGUUGUAACCUCUUAGGGAUUAAUAAUUAUGCAAAUAAAACAGAAGUGGUGUUGAGGCCAGGAGCACAGCCAUUUCCAGGACAAGAUGCAAAUGGAAAAUCUGUUUACUGUAGCAAAAAAUCAGAAUACACAACAGGAGCAAUACUCACUUUGUAAGUGCAUUAAUAUGAUGCAGUUUAGUCAGGCAAUGAGACAGUGAGACAGGUCUUUCAUUUACUCACUUUUGCAACUUCACACACUCCCUUCCCCCCCCACCUCCUCUACCUACUCCCAGCAUUUUGUUAAGCCUGGAGAUAUGUGUGUUGUGAUUGGUAUUAUUAGAAUACAUGUAUUAAUGUGCACAAAGUUUUCUGUUCUGUCUUCCCCCCUUUGGUUGUUAAAAUGUCACUUUUGAGAACAUUUUAUAAUAAAAGGAUAGAAUGAAAUACCAAAAACAAAACAUUUUUCAGAAUUGCCUAAUGGCAACUUUGAAAAGUAUUUAGUUCGGUGCCCUGAAAUUCCACCCUGAGGAGUUCAGUUUGACAUUAUCUACUUGUCCCGAUUACUUUCUGUGUCCAUAUUCAAAGGGUUCAAAACCCUUUUACAUACAUGUUCAUUAGCAAAAUUUGCUCAUCUUGACUUUAGUUGGUAGUCAUUAAAGAGAUUAUUAUUUGUACCUCACCUUCACAGGAUUUUGUGUGGAUUAAUCCUGUUCCUCUGCCUCUUUGGAACAAUUCUUGACAUUGUAAUUAGUUUCAUGAAGAGGCCAUCUGUACCUGUCAGCAAAACUAGUGGCUUCAUGCCAAUCAGAGAUGAUUCUUUACCAAUACUUCAAGGCCAGGGGUCUGAUUCAUUUGCACAAAGUCACCAAAGCAGUGUUCACCCACCUUCUGAUGAGAUAAUUGGUUCAUCCACCAGAUUGACAAGCUUCCCUUAUCAGAAAAAUGAGCCUAGUAAGUUUAAAGAUUAUUACAAUUGUGCUGAUGUGUAGUCAUCACAUGUAAUAGCCCAGUACAAUAACUUUCUUAUUGGUAAAGAAGAUAAUUAAAUUUUGAAGAAACAGGAAGAGGAAAAAGAGGAAGAAGAAGACGAAGAUCAUUGUGAUCAAAAUUAAAUAAUUGGGCCAGAUGUGUCUGGGAAACAGCAGUUUUGGCCUUAACCCUUUAACUCCCAUGAGUGACCAAGACAGAAUUUCUCCUUACAAUAUCAAUACAAUAUCAAGCAGACAAGUGAUGAGAAAAAAGAAAAAUAUCAAUUAGGGGAUUAGUAGUUGAUUCAAUGCCAAAUUCUCCAAACUAACAUCACAAGAACCAUAUGGCAGACAGUAAGGGGAAUUAUUAAUAAGAUCUAGGGAGUUAAAGGGUUAAAAAACAUGGACUUCCUUUUUUUUUUUCAAAAAUUUAGUGGAUGCACCAUGCAAUUUGUAAAGAAUAAGUGAGUUGCGGUUAAGCUACAAAUUUUUGCAUUUUUAUGAGAAUUUAGGAUUCAGUGCACGUUACUUUUCUUUGGUCAGCCUUGGUAGAUUGUUUUGCCAUUAACUAGUUAGUUUUUAUGUUUUUGAGCAUAAUUAGAUUAAAUUAUUAUUUACAACAUUUUGUAAUCCCUAUUCACCCUUCUUUUUAUAAUUGGCCAAUCAAAACUUAAGGGUAGUGUGGUUGCAUGUCCUAAGGUUUAUUAUAGAAGUAUAUGCCAAUCUUUUGGAAGAGAAAAGUUGUCAGUGACGGCACAACCGAUGUCUCAACAAAGCCAACACAGAACUUUUUGUAAGGGUGGGGUAAUUGUAUGUUAUAUACCCUUAAAUUGCUGACCUGGUUUGUCACAAAUUUUCCAAAAUUUCUUGUAGAUGUGAUUGUGCAGUUUUUCCUGUGUUUCUCAUUAAUUCAAAACACAAGCCGUAUUAUGGACACCAAAGUCUCUGCCAGUGCUGUUACGUCAAUCAAUGGAAUGAGAGUGAUGAGUAUGUGGUGGGUGAUCCUGGGACAUGUGUAUGCUUUCCAAUUAGGAUCCUCCAUUAGUAAGUAUUAUUAUUUUUUAUCAUUAUCAAAUAUAUUGAUCAUAAAAUUCCCAAAUUUGGUUGAUUCUGUUUUGUGUCUGUCACUCAAUUGGCCAGCAUAAGGGAUUAUAGUGACAAUUCAGACUCAUUUAUCAUCAGUGGGCUUUCUUUAAUUGCAGGUAACUUUUUGUUAUUUUUUCAAUUACUUCAACGAUUUACGUUUGAGGCUAUUGGGAAUGCAACGUUUUCAGUGGAUAGUUUCUUCUUUCUGAGGUAUGUCGUGGUCAAAGUGUUUGUAUGAGGAAAAAUUUUUGAAAACGAUAAAUAUUUGCAUAAUAAUACCAUUUAACUGAUUUCAGUUUACAGUGCUGACCUAUUAUCAUAUAAAUCAGGGCCAGAGGCUACGAGAUCUCUUGUUAGAAAGCGCUUUUUAGAUAAAAUAUUCAAGUUGUAAAACCAAAAUCAGAGAUAACAAAAGCCCAUCAGAACAAAGGAAAAUAUCACCCUGAGUCUCUGUCACUCAAAUAAAGAAAAAAAGCAACUCUCCUAAAGUGCGGGAAAACAGACUUAAGUCACCAAGACACAAGUGGCUUCAGUUUUUCCGUCUCAUCUCGAGGUGAUAGCUCGAGUUUUGAAAACCAUUUGUGGGAAAAUGUAAUCCAGAAUUGAAACAAUCUUUGUUAAGUUACUCUUCACACUGAAUUGAAAAUUACUUUGACGUACAAUUUAAGAGGUUUCUCAGAAAAAGUUAAAGAGGAUGCUCAAUUUUCGUCUUUACCUCUUAGUUUAAAAGUGUACUAUGAAAUAGAAAGGGUUUUUUAUAUCAGUUCCAGUGCGAAAUUUUGUUGAGACGGUGUCCCUCUUUCUCCUCCCGAUUCUUGUUGAACAUGUGAGAUAGAUUUGUGUAAUAUCUAAUGUGUACAACUGUGCUUUUUUUUUCAGUGGUCUCUUGGUUUCUUAUUUGUCAUUGCGUCAUAUGGAGAAGAAAAAUGGACAGCUACCACUCUUUAAAUACUACUUCCAUCGUUUUUGGAGGUAAUUUUUUCACUUCAAAUUGCUAUCGACUGAUCAUGAUUCAUCUGCUUAUACCAAAGCUUAUUUUCUUGUCGUAAAACCAUAGACCAGUCAACUAAUGUAAUAACGGCAGAGCUGGUCACCAACGAAAGAAGCUCUUGAUUGUUAAAUAAAUUCUCUUUGUCAACACCACAGGAAAUGUAAAGAGAACAGUAUAGAGAAUGAGCAUACUGAGCAGAGUGUAUAAAUUGGGUUAAACCAGCUAUUGGUGAUGUAUUAACAAUACUGCCAAAUCGUUCCCCAGGUUAACUCCAGCUUACAUGUUCGUUUUGUUGUUUUACGACAAACUGAAUGGAUUUCUUGGUGACGGCCCUUUUUGGUAUCAAGCCCAGGAAAAGAACCCGUGUGACAAGUACUGGUGGACCAACUUACUCUACAUUAACAACUUCUAUCCAACUAGUUUUGGUGCAUCGGUGAGAUUUAUCUGCUAAGAUCUUGUCAGUGAUUCUUCCCAUCUGUUGCUAUACAUUUCCUUGUAAUUUAAGUGAAAGAAUAUGAUUUUACAUCAAGAUUGCGCCCUUAAGCUGAUAGGUUUCGUAACCCGCAUGGCCUUUUGGCCAAACAUCGCUUUCGAAUAAUUGUAACGUAUUCGAUCUUUUUCUUAGUCAAAAUGGUUGACACGCCAUGGAUUUGAAAAAUCUCUGAUGAGCGCUCCAUCUAUCAGACCUACGUAGUUUAAUUUACCUAAUUUGCUUAGUUACUAAAAGGCUCCUUACGUUUUUUCCUGUGUACAUUUAUCGAUUUAUUUUUUCCUAUUUUUUGCAGUGUUUUGACUGGAGCUGGUACCUAGCAAAUGACAUGCAAUUUUAUAUCAUUGCUCCCGCAGUUCUCUUUGUGGCGUACAGGUAUGUAGAAGAUACAUUAUUUUAAUAGUCUCAGUAAAAAUCGUUCUUGGUGCCUCACUGAACAGUAUACUGGUUUGCAAGCAAAUUUAAAAAUUGAUAUUUUCCCUCCAAAAACUAAUAGACCUUGAAAGUCUAAGUAGUGUUGCAGAAAGAUGUUUUAUCGUCUUGUCACGAGUGUUGUACCAAGAAUGAUUCUGAGUUCCUAUGAGGAAUAGAAUUUCAGAAGUUUGGAUUCGGCGCUCCGAUGCUCUACCACUGAGCCACACUCAAUGCUGAGCAAAACCACUGCUAGCUAAGUUCAUUUGACACGCGUCCUGCGUAUUGCUUUGAUCAGCUAAGUAGGGUUCUUUUUUCACGACUGCAAGAUAUCUGGAUAUCAUUAGAAUAUUUAGAAGUCUCCGGUAUAGCAAGAAAUUGUUAAAAUAAAUAGGAAAGUUAUGGAUAUUGAGAAAUAUCGCGAUUUGGCGGGGCUUUCUGUUUUUCUUCGUCAUUCUGUUAAGUCACUACUCAGCUCUAAGCCUGAAACAAUUCAGUUCUGAUGUUUAUCGCUUCAUUCAUGAAUGACUUGUGUGUUUUAUUAUCAGGUUUCGACUGCGAGGACUGAUUGUGUUUGUUGCUCUGUUACUGGGUAUCAGUUUUACCACCACAGCUGUUAUCUAUGCUCACUAUGACCUUCCUGCUGUUAUAAUCAGUAAAGCUGCUUUAGAUGCCGCGUGAGAACCUAUUUUUUUACCUUUUUGUUUGCGUUUGUUAUGUUUUGAUUGUUUAUUUGCUUGUUUUUUCCUGGUUUUGCUAUGGCAACGAGCUGAAGCUCAGACGUGUUAUCAAACGGUGGAGAAAAAGCGCAAAUCUCGAUGCCCCUCUUUAGUUCUCACUUUGUCGUAUGUCAAUGACUUUUUUUGUAGGGGGCGCGGUGUGGAUUCCAUGUCUCUGACUUACGUCAAGCCUUACUGUCGUAUUUCACCGUAUCUUGUCGGCAUAGUAACGGGAUACUUACUUCUUCACGUAAAGGACUGGAGACUUUCCACUAAGGUAUGAAAUUAUGGUGAUCAUAUCUUUUCACAUAAAUGUUGGUUGACAUUUUUGUUGGAACUUGUUUUUGUUGGCGGUGGGAGCCCCUUUUUGACUGCAAAGAGUAGUUUGCAAGGUGCUAAAGAUUAUACCUGGGGAUAAAAUAAUUUAUUCUUGUGGUGGGAAAAAAUUCAGGCUUCGAACUCGUACCUCCUACAUACUAGUUAAGCGGUACUACCAACUGAGCCACGAAGCCACAGGUUAAGAGCGAGGCAUAUUUUAGUGGCUUUAUUCUUUCCCGUGGAGGAAUCUGAUCACAAUUUGGAAUGAAAGCAAAUUGAGUGUUUUACUUCUUCAAGGUUCAGACGUACUUGUUCAACAUGGCUGGCUGGUGUGUUGCUAUUGUUCUCGCCCUGUCUACUCUGUAUGGUCAGUACAAAGCGUUAAGGAAAGACAAUCCCGUGCAAUUUUCUCGCGCUGAGAAUAUCAUAUACGGAACUUUCUCACGUUUCGCGUGGAGCCUGGCAUUAGCCUGGGUGAUAUUUGCUUGCCAUAACGGGCUUGGAGGUACGUGUAAAGCGAUUUUCGAUAGAGUGUAGCGAUAUUGUGAUCGUUUAUCGCUUUUGGUUGAGUUCACAAACGUUACCACCCACUAAGGCCAGUAUCGUGAUGCUAUAAUAAACUCGAACGUGAUUUGCUAACUUGCGUUUUCCCGCGCCCAAGCGCGAUUGUAUUUCCCCGAGUUUUCUAUGGCUCGUUCUGUGUUUGGCGUGUGGUGUUUAAUGUUAUAAGGCAUGAUAUAUCAUAGCAGAUGAACGGGCUCUCAAUGGCGGUCUGCGCAACCAUCGCGUUGGAUUCUCAUAAAGUCUCAGAGAGUUAGCCUUUAUUGUAUGCAUGCCAUGCGAUUGGAAAAAAAACAGUCUCAAUUUUUUAGCUUUCAUGUUUACGAGAUCUCUUACCGGAUACGAGAGAUGUUCAUUACUGGUCGAUGUUGCAUUAGUGUAGCAAUACUCGAUUUUAUUUGUUCUCUUCUUCUUUUGAAGGUCUGGUGAAUAAAUUCCUGUCGGCUCGAUUCUGGAUUCCACUGAGCCGGCUGACGUAUUGUGCCUAUCUGGUUCACCCUAUCAUCAUCUUUGCUCUGUUUCAGUCGUAUGAGACUGUUCGGGCAUAUUCUGAUGUCCACACUGUAAGUGCGACUCGAUUUACUGUUUUUCGAUCCAUGUACUGUUGUUCCUUUCGUAAGAAAUGCAGUGCUGUUGUUGUUGAAUGUGAACGUUCAGUAGUUACGUAAUUGUGUAUGUCUUUUUUUCCUUACCAGGCAUUUUGUUUUGUCGGUGUACUUGGCAUUUCGUAUGCAGUGGCCUUUAUUGUGUCAGUGUGUGUGGAAUAUCCCAUGAUGCAGUUGGAGAAGUUUAUUUUUAAAAGUGACAACUGAGCUCAGAUGUCAUGGAUAAAAGUGUCUGAUUAAGACCAGUCGUUCCUGCGAUGCCAUACAACCAAUUUUAAUAGAUGCUCUAUCAACAACGCGCAAUAUUAUAUUUUUUAUAUUUUUCUAUUGACAUUAAAAAGAUAACAUAUUUGAGAAUCACGGUAAAAGUAUAUUCGCUAUGAUUUUUCAGACUUUUUAUGAAAUUUGUUAAUGAAAAAGUUGAUUAAGUAUAUGAUUUUUAACUCACUGCAGAAUCUACCUUAGAAACAAAAGUAAACUCAAAGUUUUCCUUAAGAUUCGUAACAAAAGCCAUUUACAGGGUACGUUUUGGGAGGUUAACAUGAUACCCUUGCAGGGGGAGGGUACGGCUACACGUAGGCUACAUGAUACGUUAAUGGGUUUGGAUAUCUUGAGAUUGGAAUUCGAAGGACUUAAAGAGUUACUUAGUUUUUUUAGCCAUGAAACGUCUUUAUAAGUAUCUAGCACAAAUCUUCUAAGGUAGGAGUACUUCGUGAGGUAAAAUUAUUCUUAUUGUUUAAAGAGUAAUCCAAAAGUGUGGUCAGUAUUUAGAUAACGUGAUUUUUCUUUCUAAGUAAACUCGAAGAGUGCCUUAAGAUUUCGAACGACUGCGAAGCGUGAGGUAGUUUUAUGAGUUUAUUAAUUAACUAAUUCAUAAUGUGGUAUCGUUACCAAUGUAUCUUAUUCCGACAAUGAAGUUUAUACUUUUCUAACUGGAAGUGAAGCUGGGCUCCACAAAUAUUGACUAAGGAAGUUCUGUUGCCGUUCGACACACUAAAUACGUCUUUCCAUUCGCGAAAGUGGUUCGUUAAGUAUACCUUCUUAUUUUCUGGUAGACGUUAUUGUAGGUUUUGCCGGCCUUGAUUGGAAAAUCCCAGUCACACAUUUGUAUUGAAUGCUCUCUCAGGAACCCUUUUUUUGUAAUGACCGAAAUACCAAUAUAAAUGACCUUGUAAAGGUGCUUUAUGAAAUAAACAUUUGAUUGUUUUAUGAGAGCU